AAAAUAGGAAAGCCGUUUUAAACCCUAGUUAGGGAACUAACUAUAUACUUUUAGAUUUCUCAGAAGAAACCCACAGCAGCCGAACUCCGAAUCCAGAAACACCAACUGAAACAUAACAACAAAAAUGGCGGCCGGCAAGAAGACGAAGAAGACUCAUGAAAGCAUCAACAACAGGUUGGCUCUCGUUAUGAAGAGUGGAAAAUACACUCUUGGUUAUAAAACAGUGCUUAAGUCUCUAAGGUCCUCCAAAGGGAAACUGAUUAUUAUUUCCAACAACUGUCCACCAUUGAGGAAAUCUGAGAUUGAGUACUAUGCCAUGCUUUGUAAAGUUGGGGUGCAUCAUUAUAAUGGAAACAAUAAUGAUCUGGGAACUGCUUGUGGGAAGUACUUCCGCGUAUCCUGCUUGAGUAUAGUUGAUCCAGGUGAUUCCGACAUCAUCAAGUCUCUACCUGGUGACAGCUGAGUCGUUUGACAGCAGAACAAUGUUCGUUUCUUAUUAUAUUGUUCCUCGUAGCCUUCUUAUCCUUAGUUAAAGAACAAUUACUGUGGAUGCUCUUAGCAAAAUUUGUAGCUUUGAAAUACAAAAUUUUGUCUGGUUAAUGAAGACACUGCUGGUGGGCUUUCGUUAUAAUGUUGAAUCUUUCUCUAUAAGAAA